AUGAAAAAUGUGGAUGAUGAAUUUAAGGCUGAAGAUGCAAGAGGUGACUGCAUGUACGUAUCUUCCACUCGUAGAUCUACGGUUGUAGAAAGUAUUAUGAAUGGAAUUUAUAAUUUGGUAAGUAAGAAUAGCGAUAUUAAGAAUAAGUUAUCUGAAAUAAGUCCAAUGCUUUCAUGUAAUGUGGAAGAGGGGGAACGGAAAGGAAAGAAUAUACAGAGUGGACAUUAUGGUUAUGAGGGCGAAUUUGGCAAUAAAGUCCAAAUUCAUUUUAAGGAGUUCGAAUAUGUGGAAAGAGCAGUUCCAGAGUUGAAAGAAAGUAUAGAGGCAAGAAUAAAAAGGGAGCAGGAAAAGAGAAGAGCACAGCAGCCCGUGUUUCUCAAUCCCGUCACCACCGUUCAACACGCCGCCAGCGCACCAACUGUCCCGGGACAUUCUGCAGGAAAACAGGGAUCACCUGGCCCCCCGGCAGAAUCGACGAAAACAAAGUUACAGGAUAAUAAUGGACAAAAUACCGAAACCGCGCAUGCCACACCCGCUUCCAAGCCCGAUUCUGAACCUGCCAAAUCGGUCGUGACGAAACUGGCAAACACGAAGCCUGUUGAAAAUUCGGUGGGAACUACUACAGAGGUCAAAGGCAACUUGGGUAAUGGAAAUGGUAAGGGAGAGCAUGGUAGGGAUGGUAAGAAAGCGGAAGGAGCCCAAAAUCAAGGGAAGAAAGCCGAAGGAUCCCAAAAUCAAGGAAAGAAAACUGAAGGAGCCGAAAGUCAAACAAAGAAAGGGGAAGUGGGCCCCGGUGACAAGGGCCAACAGAAAGAUAGUAAGGGCGAUGUUGCCGCCGUUUCUGGCUCACAGGGACAAGAUGUGGUGAAGCCGGCGGUAAGGGACAACCGGGUGCGGCAGAUACCAAGGGUUCCGGACAACUUUCCAUUGCUGAUCGAAUUCCUGCCGUUGGUGCUGGUGGACAAGGUAGUGGUGGUGUUGUCCUCGGCGUGGAUACCAGUUCCGGUCUUGCUUCAGGUAAUGAGCAAGGAAGUGUCGCCGGUGGUCCCGUCGAUCCCUCACAACCUCCCACUGCUGUUGUCCCUGGUGGGGGUGCUACUGGGGAACAAGGUAAAGCUGCACUAUAGUAACGCUCGAUCCGAACUCUUCCGGGAGUACCCAAAUUACGAAGGCGCCAUCGGGAAGUGA